CGAGGCGCGGCGCUUCCUGCCGGGAGAGGCGACCGGCUCCAGCGCCAGGUACCGGCGCGGGCAGCCGGGUUGUGCGUACCUCAGCGACCGCUCAGCUGCAGCUGAUCGGCUAAAUUUAGUUUCUCCAGAUGGCUUCUUUUGGGUGGAAGAGAAAGAUUGGUGAGAAGGUGUCAAAAGCUACUUCGCAGCAGUUCGAAGCAGAAGCUGCGGAUGACAAGGAUGUGGGUGACGAUGAUGAUGGUAACUGGGUGCUUGCAGCUAAGAGAAGAAAGGAAGUUCUCUUAGAAGAUUGUGUAAGGAAAAGUAAGGAGCUCAAGGAUGAAGGUGCAAAUUUGGCUGAAAAUAGGAGGUACAGAGAGGCUCUUGUCAAGUGGGAUGAAGCACUUCAGUUAACUCCAGAGGAUGCUACACUUUAUGAGAUGAAAUCACAGGUCCUGAUGUCUUUACAUGAAAUGUUCCCAGCAGUGCAUGCAGCAGAAAUGGCUGUCCAGAGAAACCCACGUUCCUGGGAUGCCUGGCAGACUUUGGGACGUGCCCAGCUUGGAUUAGGAGAGAUAGCACUGGCAAUCCGAAGCUUCCAGGUAUCCUUACACAUCUUUCCAAUGAACCCUGAAGUAUGGAAUGAAGACCUUUCCUGGGCAAGAAAACUACAGGAACAGCAGAAGGCCACAAAGACUGAGUCAGUGCAAGCACUGGCAAAAGGAAAAGAGCUUGUACAAGAGUCGAUCCCAGACUAUGACUUUGAAAGUGAUGAAAUUGUGGCAGUCUGUGCUGCCAUUGCAGAGAAGGAGAAAGCUCUUUCAGCAGCUAAAACAAUGGUAAUUGUGUCUGCUUCAGGCACAGUAGAGACUGUUACUGAGCAGGACAAUUGUCCUGCAACUCCUGAUGAAACCCUUUUCAUCAAGGCCCGGUAGGGCAGCCUGACAGGUUGUCAUACCCAUAGUUAAAAGAACUGCUAUUAUUUAUUGUAUUUUUCUUGCUUUGUGUUUGCUCUUUUUUUAUUAAAUGGUAGGAUAGCCUACAAAAGUUGAAGAAUUGAGGUUAUUUUUCUUUCAUUAACUAAAAAAGCAAUGACCUGAGUUGUUCUUCCAUCCAUAUUUUUAGAAAAGGAAGCCAAGAGUUGAUUCUAGAAAUUUUAAAUUCUUAAGAACAAAUGUAAUAUUGAAAUGCUUGACUUGAUUCUAGAUAAAGGUGAAAUACACAAAGAUAAAGGUGAAUUCUUGAUUCACCUUUAUCUUUGUGUAUUUCAUAACUUUACAAGUUAAUUUGUACAUUUUCCCAGUAAUUAGGAAGGUUUUAUUUAAACUGUAAAAGUGCUGUGGUUUAUCCCCACCUGUCAGUUCAGCCCAGUGCAGUUGACUGCCUCCUGGUGGAAUGGGGGAGAGUAUUGAAAAAAUGAAAGAACUCCUGGGCUGAGAUUGAGACAGCCAGUAGGGAAACCAGAAGCUGCACAUGCAAGCAAAGCAAAACAAGGGGUUCACCCAUCAGUUCCCAUGGGCAGUCAGGUGUUCAACCAUCCCCAGGAAAGCAGGGAUGGCUUGUGACUUGGGAAGAAACUCUGAAUGUCCUCCCUUCCCCUGCCUCCUUCUUUCCCCAGUUCUUUGUGUUGUGCUGUGGGAUGGAAUAUCCCUGUGGUCAGCUGUGCUCAGCUGUUCUGGCUUGUUUCCUCCCAGCUUCUUGUGCACCCCCAGUCUUCUCACUGGUGGGAUGGGAUGAGGAACAGGAAAAGGUCUUGACCCAGUGCAAGCACUGCUCAGCAAUAAUGAAAACAAUGGUGUGUUACAACUCUUGCCAGCACAGAAUUAAAACCUGUCCCCCUCCUUGCAACUCUGAAGAAAAUUAUCUCCAUCCCAGCCAAAACCAGAACAAAAAGAAAACAGGAUAUUAAAAAUUAUUUCAAUCACUAUUAAUUAACAUUAUUUUUCCAGUAAAAGUGUGAACUGUGUUCUGUCAUUGACAGUCUUUGUUUUCAUGAAGUUUGCUUGUUCUAUGGGAAAGUUUCCUGUGCAGUGGGGAUGGAUUAUUAUAUUGUAUGUCUAUGUGUGACAGAUGUGAUUUGUAGCCAAAUUGAGUAGAGACCUUUAUGUUGCUUUCCUUGGUGAAUGGGUUCAACACUUUCUGAUGAGAUGAAAGGAAGUGCUUUACCAAACAAGGCCCUGAAUGCUUAGUUACAACUAAAUGUUUCACCAGAAGAAAGAUCACUGUUAGUGACUGAAACUGGCCUUUUCUUAUCUUUUGUGCUGUGCUAUGGACAUCACCAAAAGUAGAAUGGUGGGAGUAGGAAAUAGAUAUGGCUGAAUUGUAUUAUAUUUUGGCCUUUUCUUUCCUCAUAAGGCUAAUCUGAUAAAGGGAGUCAAUUUGCUUUUCCAAAUUCUUAAUGACCUGCCAUUAAAAGUAUACUCUUAGGGAAAAAAACAGUUUUCCAGGACAGCACUGCUGGAGUCUCCCUUUUUAUCCUUUUUGGAUUUUGGAUGCAGUGGUGGGUAAUGAGGCAUAACCUAGGAAAUUUUUUUAAUGUUGAUUUUUUUUCAGGGGAGGGUGGCAAUUGGUUCCUCACAUAGGCAGUUCAGAGAAAUGAAAUCAGGCUGUUUCUUUGACGUGCUCUGUGCUGAAACUGUUCUCUUUUCAUUGUCUUGGAGACAUGGUAGAGAUGAUCACAUCCUACUAUAGUAACAGUACUGGAAAAAAUGGUCAGCUGAGGAAUUCCUGAAGAAUUCAGUUUGAGAACAAUUUUUACUUGAUUUUGAUAAAAUUUUGUAUGAUAAUAGAUAGUUUUGUAAACAAGUGGAACUUCUGAAAUCAAUCACCUUUGCACUUUUUGAGUCUGAUUUCUAAUUUCAAAAUAACACAUUUUAAAAGAAAAUAAUGUUGCUUGAGAAGUAUAGUGUUUUUGCAGUGGAAAAUGCAUUGCAGAAAAAUUAUCUCAAAUCAUACUUUCUGUUUAUCUGAUAUCAGAAUAUCUUCAUUUAAGAGGAUACAUAUAGUUUUAAAAAAAUACUUAAUUGCCCUGUUGUACUAAAUUUUUAUUAAGUUUUACAAGAUUCUCCCUGAAUGCUUUUUUGUAUGUAUGAAUUUUUACAUCUGUGCUUGCAUGAGCACACAUUCACACAAAAUCACACCUAUCUUCUGAGCAUUCAAAAUAAUCAGAACUACAGUAGCCUAAAUAUAUUAAGAUAUGUAAAACACCAUCAUGCUACAUUUUUAUUUCUUCAUUAAGUUCAGAAAGAUUUUAAGUGCUUACUGGAUAGGCACUUAAUUAAGAUAUGAUUUGAUAGUUUGAAUUAUUAGAGUUGAAGGAUUUCUUAAUCUUUCUCCUGUCAUCUUAAUUUUAGUCAGCCGUAGGAAGCCUUAGUGUGAGAGUGGUUUGGACAUAUUUCUUCAAAGAAGAAAUCUUCUCUGGCUGGAAAAGGACAUCUGUGAGAUGCUCUAGGAUAUGUUUUCAUUUUGAAGGAGCUCGACUGUAUCCACCUCAUGUAUUCUUCCUUUGCGCUUUGUACUUGCGUCAGUGUUCUGUCUUUACUCAUACAGGAAGGACUGCUGCCCUUCUCUCAGAGGUCUGUGUUAUCACAAAAUCUUUUUCCACUGAAAUGAUUCACAAAACUCCUAUUGACUUCAGUACUGCAGGGCCAGAUUGCUGGAGGGGUGUACAUCUGCACCAUCAGGCUGUGCUGGGCUCGAGGGGUGGUGGCUUCCAUCCCAUGUACUAAAUGUGUUUUCCUUCUGAUUAGAUUAGGUUAUGAAUCCUAGAUAUUGUCAGAACUGUAGUUUUUUGUCAAGCAGUUAAGUUCCUGGGACAGUCUUUUCAAACUGGGGAGAAGUUGAAAUAUUGAUGAUUUCAACAUUUUUUUUUGUACAGCAUGCCAUGUUUUGCAUGUAUGUAAUUUUCUGGAUUGGUUUGAGGUUUGAAUAAAACACUGACUUCUA